AUGAAUAAUGAAAAGCGUAAGAAGUCUCGCCAUGUAUAUAUUUCAUCAAAGAUCGAUAACAAGCCUCCAUAUUUCAAUGCAUCUGCCCAUUUGAAAGCAUUUGACUUACAAGAUGCCAUACGAGUUAAAGAAAUAGAUAAAGAGAAUAUGAAUCUGUUAAAAAAAAUAAACAUAAUUCAUCGAUUAGGGGGGUACGUGGAUUGUUGGGCACCGGAUAUCAAGUAUAAUUCAAAACUUGAGAAUCAAGACCUAAUUGAAAGAUUGUCCGUUGCGUCAGAUGAAAGGCAAUUAGCCGAAAAAAGUCAAACGAGAUGUUUCUUUGAUGUUGGACUUAAAGAAGAAAAUCAAAAAUUAGGGCGUAUAAUAUUUGAACUCUACGACAGUAUUGUACCACGUACAUGUGAGAACUUCGCAGCUUUCUGCCGUGGAAUAAAUGGCUUAUCAUAUAAGCACACUCCAUUUCAUCGUAUCGUUUCUGGCUACUGGUGCCAAGGAGGAGAUGUCACAAAAUUUGACGGUACCGGCGGUAUCUCUAUAUACGGAAACUCGUUCGAUAAGGAAAAAUCUAAUUUACGCCACACAGAACCUGGCAUACUGUCCAUGUGCGAUAACGAUGAUGGCAGGAACGAUUCCAAGUUUAAUCUUACGUUUAAGUGCUUAAAGACUGUGAAUGAAGAUAGGGCCGUUUUUGGCCGGGUAAUAGGCGGAAUGAGAAACAUUUACAAGAUCGAGGAAUUCGGUACGAAGACCGGAAAACCAAUAAAAUCGGUAAUUGUGUUAAACUGUGGAGUCCUGUCGACGAAACGCCCGCAUGAAAAGCUGUCCAAAUCACAAAUAUAA